UAGACGAUACUCUCAACUCAUCAAAUCUAUUACUUGUCAACGAUCUCAUACGCUUGGGAGUUUCACAUGAAUAGCAUAUUCAAUGGUUAAAAUCCCAACAAAUUCUAACUUCCGCUUGCUAUAAACCAAAUCAACACCCAUGUAAACUUAACAACAAACCUACUUUCAGUUGCUAUAAAUUCUGUCGGAGAAGAUGGGACCCGUCGUCGAACGGCUCACAAACGCCUUCAACAAUUUCUCUGGUGUAGCUGGAUAAACUCGACGGAGGAAGAUGAGGUCGGGUCCUUCUGGUGCAGCAAGCGAAGUAGCGUACAUAUGCUUUCUUUUGCUGCUGACGUUGGAGGGUUUGAGAUAAUUGGUGGCGGCGCUGGAGGAUUUGGUAGAUUUGGGGAAAACAGUGGUUUUGGGAUUACGUGGGUUUGGUAGUGGGGUUAAGGGUUUGAAACAUUGACCCGAUUCUUCUCUUUUUCUUAUUUCUUCCUCUUUCUUUCCUUAAUUGUGGCCUUUUCCAUAUUAGCAGGUAUCCUUUCUGUCAUCCAUUUAGUCACCAUAGCCCGGUUCUUGACGAAUUGGGAUGGUAAGUGGGUCCCCUGACAAGAUAUUUUAAUUGGAAUUUAAGGAACUGUCCUAUCUUGCUGACUUCAAAUCCCGUUCAUUUUCAUCUUCUUCAAAUUCAAAACAGCAAUAAUGAAUCACUGUGUGAUCCAUGUAAUAAAGGGAAUUGUCGGAGACCUUAAACUUUCCUAUCUACCAUUCUGAACACGGUAAUUAGAAGAAAAUAAUAGUUCUACAAAUCUCACCAUGCGAUUCAGUGUAUGAACAAGAAACACAGAAUGAAGUCUCUUUUUUUAAUUUAUUCAAUGCCAGUCCUCAUUACCUUCCUUUUUCUUCUCCUCUCUUCCGUACAAGUACUUUCAUGUGACAUGCUUGAUCAUGAUUCUCUUUUAUCAUUUUAUGAACACAUUUCUUCCCCUCCACCGGCCAGUCCUCUCAAUUGCUGCAAAUGGGAAGGUAUCACUUGCAAUAGCGAGUCUCGUGUCACCCAAUUAUCGUUACCUGGUAAGGGUCUUUCAGGAACUAUUACUCCCUUUCUUGGGAAUCUUUCAUUUCUGUCUCAUAUUAAUCUGUCCCACAAUCACUUCUCUGGCUCUCUCCCUGUCACACUUUUUCGAACACUGAAUCAUUUGGAAUCACUUGAUUUGAGUUUUAAUUUUCUGUCUGGGUGGUUUUCAGACACCACCAUGCCUAUUUCUAUCCAAAUCAUAGAUCUAUCGAGCAAUCGGUUCAAUGGGUUAAUUGAUUAUUCGAAUUUUUUCCAUCGCGCAUCGAGUUUGAUUAGUUUCAAUAUCAGCAACAACAAGUUUAUGGGUCCACUUCCGUCUUCUUUAUGCAUCACUUCCAGCCUUGUGAAGAUGUUGGAUUUCUCCAUGAACAAAUUUAGUGGCAAUAUAUCACAAGGCAGCAUUGGAAGAUGUUCUAAGUUGGAAGUCUUCAGGGCAGGUUUCAACUCUCUCUCGGGACCACUUCCGUCUGAUCUUUACAGUGUAAAAACAUUGACAGAAAUCUCUUUACCUAACAACCAACUUUCAGGAACAGUAAACAAUAGCAUUGUUCUUCUAUCAAAUAUAAGUCUUAUAGAUCUCAAUCAAAAUGGACUGACUGGUGAGAUUCCUACUGAUAUUGGGAUGCUGUCAAAUUUGAAACAACUCAUACUUCACACCAACGCCCUAAAUGGUUCUGUUCCUCCGUCUUUGAUGAAUUGCACCAACCUAAAGAUGCUGCUUUUGCGCAAUAAUCUUUUAGGAGGAAAAAUUUCGAGUCUUGAUUUCUCCAAUCUACAUAAACUGGAAGUCAUUGAUUUUGGGAACAAUAGCUUUGUGGGAAACAUUCCAGAUAGCCUAUGCUUGUGCAGAUCCCUGACUGCUGUUCGACUCUCCCAUAACCAGUUGGACGGUCAAAUUCCAGCUUGCACUGCUGCACUAAAAUCUUUAUCCUACCUCAACCUCGCCGGCAAUAAUCUGUUUAACGUCCUCGGAGCUUUUAGGAUUCUGAUGGAGUGUGACAAUCUUACAGUUCUCUUCCUAGCAAGGUGCUUCCAUGAAGAACCUGUGCCAGAUCAUUACAGUUUGCAACAUUUUAAUGUGUUCCAAAACCUAAAAAUGCUCAGUCUGGGGGGAUGCCAACUCAAAGGCACUAUUCCAACAUGGUUGUGGAGUAUGCCAAGUCUCUUUGACCUCAACCUCACUCAAAACCAUCUGUGGGGAGAGCUUCCUCGAGAAAUUGGAGGCCUAAAAGCUUUGAUUGCAGACGAUACAGUUCCAGACUUGAGUUAUAUAGUAUUGCCUUACUUAUCUCACAAUCAAGAAGUUCGUAGUCUAUCUAACGUGCGACGGGCAAUUAAAAUUGGGAAUAAUAAUCUGAGUGGGAAUAUUCCAGUGGAAUUAUGCCAACUGAGGCUUCUUGAGGAGCUGGAUCUCAAUAAUAACAACUUCAGUGGAAGCAUUCCAAGUGAACUGUCCCACCUUGUGAAUUUAGAGAAACUUGACAUGUCGGAGAACAAUCUCUCUGGAAAGAUCCCGGAAUCACUAACAAGCCUCCACUUCUUGUCUUCCUUCAGUGUCGAAAACAAUGAUUUACAAGGAGAAAUUCCAAGGGGUGGCCAGUUUGAUACAUUUCCUGCCACUUCGUUUGAGGGCAAUCCGAAACUCUGUGGGUUUUUAAUACAAAGAAGUUGCACUUCCGGUGGCCAAGUCGAAAUAUUACAGCCAGUGCCGGCGGCAGAAGAGUCGGAAAGUUUAUGGUACGCUGCUCCCUUCGGGUUGGGAUAUUUAGUAGGAUUUUUUGCGAUCAGCAUAAGUUUAUUGUUCAAGAGUUCAUGGAAAUGUUUUGUUUAAAUCAGCUGGUCUUUGUAAUUUUUAUGUUAUCCCUGCAGUAAAUUAAUUCUCUUGUUCCACA